CGGCCUCGGCGCCCCCCCGCCGGCGCCCCCAGACUCAGGACUCCAGCACCGAGGCAGGAGGCAGGGAGCAGAAGCAGAGGCAGGAGAACGAGGAGGAGGAGGAGGAGGAGGAGGAGCCGUCGCAGGAUGAAGGAUCGGACUCAGGAGCUGCGGAGUGCGAAAGACAGCGAUGAUGAGGAGGAGGUGGUCCAUGUGGACCGGGACCACUUCAUGGAUGAGUUCUUUGAACAGGUGGAAGAGAUCCGGGGCUGCAUUGAGAAGCUGUCAGAGGAUGUGGAACAAGUGAAAAAACAGCAUAGUGCCAUCCUGGCCGCCCCCAACCCGGAUGAGAAGACCAAACAGGAGCUGGAGGACCUCACUGCAGACAUCAAGAAGACGGCCAACAAGGUUCGAUCCAAGUUGAAAGCGAUCGAGCAAAGCAUUGAACAGGAGGAGGGGCUGAAUCGUUCCUCUGCGGACCUGCGCAUCCGCAAGACCCAGCACUCCACACUCUCCCGGAAGUUCGUGGAGGUAAUGACUGAAUAUAACGCGACCCAGUCCAAGUACCGCGACCGCUGCAAGGACCGGAUCCAGAGGCAGCUGGAGAUCACUGGAAGGACCACGACCAACGAAGAACUGGAAGACAUGCUGGAGAGUGGGAAGUUGGCCAUCUUCACUGACGAUAUCAAAAUGGACUCACAGAUGACAAAGCAGGCGCUGAAUGAAAUCGAGACAAGGCACAACGAGAUCAUCAAACUGGAAACCAGCAUCCGUGAGCUGCACGACAUGUUUGUGGACAUGGCCAUGCUUGUGGAGAGCCAGGGCGAAAUGAUUGACCGCAUUGAGUACAACGUGGAACAUUCCGUGGACUACGUGGAGCGAGCCGUGUCUGACACCAAGAAAGCUGUGAAAUAUCAGAGCAAGGCCCGGAGGAAGAAAAUCAUGAUCAUCAUUUGCUGUGUGGUGCUGGGGGUGGUCUUGGCGUCAUCCAUUGGGGGGACGCUGGGCUUGUAGGCCCCCCACCCCUGUCCGUCCCAGACCCUUCCCCACCACAUCGGGAGCAAUACCCCCACCACCCCUUCACUCCAUCCCCUGCUCCAGGCUCACCCUCAAGACAGACCCGGGCAGCACCUGCAACCUUUACCGCCUGUCAGACCCUGGAGUCCCUGGACCUCCCCCCGCCAUGGACCACCCCCCGACCCCGCACGUAGAUAGCAGCAGGCGUGAUUACACGUGCACACCAACAUGCAUGCCGCCGGCACAUGCUCGAGACGUGUGGACUCCCCAGCAUGUGUGUGUGUGUACGUGUGUAGAUGUGUGUAGAAGCACCAAAUCGCCCUUUCUGCCCCCCACCUCAAGUCUGUGUGUCGUCUGAGCUUUCCCCCUUCCCCUGGGUUGUUGUGUAGACUGUGGCUGGGUGUGACACAGCAGCCAUCAAGCCCCACUCUUCUGUCUUCUGUGAAUUGGUGUGUGUGUGUGUGUCUGUGUGUGUGUGGCGCCACAGAUCCGUGGACACACAGUUUGCCUACAUGGAAUUUUGUGUUUGAGUGUUUAAAUCCAAUGUAACAGCACCUCCUCCACUGA